CUCCGGAUACUCGACGACUUCGUCGUCAACGCGCCACCGCUGUCGCCGUCGUCUUCGUGGUCGUCGUCGCGAUACAUACACACGCACGCUCUCCGCGAGAGAAGGAAUUCGCAGUGCCACGUUUCGAGGCGCCCGGUCGUCGCCGUGUCGCCGUGCAGCGCGCGUGUGUCCGCGCGGUACGAGGAGUAGUGAACUGUACUCGCGCGCCGGACGAUGCGGAGAGCAAGCAGGCAGCGGUCGCUCGCUCGUGUUUCCGACCUGGUGUGUCUCCGUUCUCGCGGGUGUCAGUGACAUUAUUCUAGUCUAGUUUUCCAUCCCCGCGUUGUCACUGACGGCACGCAACGAGUCGGGUAUUUUUCGAGAAUUCACAAAGUGCCAUAUAGAAGAGCGAAACGACACAGAGCAGCAUUUGCGUACGACGCGCGGUGGAUUGGAAUCCGACGAGGGAGAGAAUCCUUGGCCGAUUCCUGACCAGCAGCAGGGUUCGAGAGAUCGAUUGCGUUCCAGCCGAAGCUGGUGCACGUCGCCCGUGGUAACCCUGCGACGAAUAAUCGACAGAUCUCUCGACGGAGGCUCGCGCGUUGAGCGAGCAAAUUCCGGCGUGCUGUCGAUCGGCAAUAAAACCCCGAACACAGGUCCCCCGAGGACCUGUUCAACGAACGACCGAAACCGAAAAUCGAAAGUUCCUUCGAGAGCGUGUACCUCGAGAGGAACAGAAGUUCACGAAAAUGUGAGGGAUACUCACGUACUCGCGCCAAGAUUGGAAUCCAGCGAGAUAUUAAGAGGAGAUACCUGGUGGGUGCUUUUUCUUAUGAAUACCGAAUGGUGAAACGCGGCUAGACACGAAUAAUCGACUGACUCACACGAAGAGGGAAGGGCCGCCGACUGUUAUCGGGGCGGCGGAGAACAGUGUCGGUUCCGCGUUCGUGCCGUGAGUGUGUCAUGAUAGUUUUCCGCGGCCGGGCAUGAACGUUGAAACCUGCACCCUCUACUUCGCUGGGACGGCCCGGGGCCCGGAGAAGGACAGGAUGUCGACCCAGGCCUACUAUAAGGAGCGGCUCGGCUUCGACCCGGCGGACACCGUUGCCGAGCACCAGCGCGAGCAACGCUCCCAGCACGGUUACGAGGAGUCGCUCUCCAAGUUCAAAGACGAACGAGAUGCUAUACAGAAGAAGACCUUCACGAAGUGGGUGAACAAGCAUUUGAAAAAGCACUGGAAAUACGUCAAGACUUACACGUGCCUACACGUGUGCGUCCUUGUGAACAACCAACCAUGCUGUUCCCCCACUGCGAGCAGACAUGUCGGCGACCUGUUCGAAGAUCUACGAGAUGGCCACAAUCUCAUCUCCCUGCUGGAAGUGCUCUCCGGCGAGCAUCUUCCGCGGGAGAAAGGUCGAAUGCGUUUCCACAUGCUGCAAAACGUGCAGAUGGCCCUCGACUUUUUACGAUACAAGAAGAUCAAGUUGGUCAACAUCCGGGCAGAAGACAUUGUGGACGGUAACCCGAAGCUCACUCUCGGUCUGAUAUGGACCAUCAUUCUGCACUUCCAGAGCUGGCGACGCAAGAUAUCAGACAUAGUGGUCGGCCAGGAACCGAACGUGACAGCGCGCGAGGCUCUCCUGAGAUGGGCUCGACGAUCCACCGCGCGUUACCCUGGUGUACGGGUGACCGAUUUCACCAGUUCUUGGAGAGAUGGACUGGCUUUCAGCGCUCUUCUGCACAGAAAUCGGCCAGACCUGGUUGACUGGAGGUCGGCGCGUGGAAGCCAGCCACGAGAACGGCUUGAUCGAGUCUUCUUCGUCGCGGAGCGCGAGUAUGGCGUUACUAGGCUUCUCGAUCCAGAAGAUGUUGACACACCCGAGCCGGAUGAGAAGUCCUUAAUAACGUACAUCUCUUCGCUCUACGACGUAUUCCCGGAUCCUCCGACCAUUCACCCACUGUAUGACGCCGAAGCACAAAGGCGAUCUGCGGAAUAUCGCGAGUUGGCGAACUCACUCCACAUGUGGAUCCGCGAGAAAAUGGCUCUCAUGCAAGAGCGAGCCUUCCCGCCAACCUUGAUCGAAAUGAAAAAAUUGGCGGCUGACAGCACCAAGUUCAAGAACGAGGAAGUGCCGCCGCGAUACAGAGACAAGCAAAGAUUGACGUACAUAUUCCGAGAUCUGCAAAAGUACUUCGAAGCAGUAGGGGAAGUGGACAUGGAUGCAGAACUGCACAUUAAUGUCAUGGACAAGAAUUGGAAUCGUUUGAUGAUGCUACAUCAGGAACGCGAGCAGGCCAUUAUAGACGAAAUUAAACGACUCGAACGUCUGCAACGACUUGCCGAGAAAGUGCACCGCGAGAUGAAAACGACCGACAAUCGACUCGAGGAACUCGAGAGACGCGUGGAGGACGAGGCUCGCAGGCUCGAUCGUCUUCAUCCUCUGGAGGCGAAACAUGCGGUGGAUCUGCUGGAGCAAGACAUACGCAGCACGGAAACCCAGAUAAAAAAUAUAUUCACCGAUGUGCACACCCUCACAGAGGGCAGAUACAGUCAGGCAUCCGAGCUUCACAAGAGAGUGCAAAAAUUGCAUCAAAGAUGGGUCGUACUGCGAUCCCUUUUGCAUAGACGUUUGGUAGAGCCGCUCUCCGCGGUUUCCUUCCCCGUAGAAGAGCGCGUGGUUACAAAGCACCGCACCACCGUCCACGAGACACGCUUGGUCGAUACCAAUCCUCAUUUCCGUGCGCUGCACGACUGCAUAGAUUGGUGCAAGAGUAAAUUGAAGCACCUGCAAGAAGCGGAUUACGGAUCGGACUUAACCAGCGUACAGAAUGAAUUGGACGUGCAUCACAGAGAGCACAAGAACAUCGAUGACUUCCAGACCAAGGUGGACAAGUGUAUACAGGCAAAGAACAAUUUCCACGGCGAAGAACUCACGUUGUACACCCAGCACCUCGGCACUCUACAAAAGCUCUACGCCGAACUUCUCGCUGUCUCGAAUAAGAGACUCUCCGAUCUGGACACUCUGCACGAUUUUAUACAAUCGGCCACCGGCGAAUUGGUGUGGUUGAACGCCAAGGAGGAAACCGAAAUCACGCGUGAUUGGAGCGAUAAGAACUUGAAUGUACAGAGCAUCGAACACUACUAUGAGCAAACGUAUGGAUCUGGUAUAGAGUCUUUGAUGAGCGACCUGGAGAAGCGCGAGAUACAAUUCUCAGCGGUACAAGAUCGCGGUGAGGCAUUGGUCCUUCAGCACCAUCCCGCGGCGAAAACCAUCGAAGCCUACAUGUCCGCGAUGCAGACUCAGUGGGCUUGGCUGUUGCAGCUCACUCUCUGCCUCGAGGUGCACCUGAAACACGCGGCGCAAAAUCAACAAUUCUUCAAAGACAUUCAGCAGGCCGAACAGUGGAUCUCUAAACGAGAUGAGACAUUGAAUACCAUUUACUCGCAAUCUGAUUUCUCGUUGGACGAGGGAGAACGGCUGCUGAAGGGCAUGCAGGAGUUACGCGAGGAACUCAAUAAUUAUGGCGAUCACGUACAGAGAUUGGUGGAAAGAGCGAAGGAUAUCGUUCCCAUGAAGCAACGCAAGCAACCUGUUGUGCGACCGUUACAGGUCACUUGUAUUUGCAGUUACAAACAAGUCAACAUGUCAAUCGAGAAAGGAGAACAAUGCACAUUGUACGACAAUUCUGGCAGAGUCAAGUGGCGGGUAAAGAACACGCAGGGCGUGGAGUCUCCUGUGCCUGGUGUCUGCUUCGCGCUGCAGCCUCCCGAUAAGGAAGCUCUGGACGCCGCCGAGAGGCUGAGACGACAGUACGACAGGAGCGUCGCUCUCUGGCAACGAAAGCAACUGAGAUUGAGACAAAACAUGAUAUUCGCGACCAUCAAGGUGGUCAAGGGCUGGGACCUGUCACAGUUCCUGGCAAUGGGGCAGGAUCAACGUACGGCAAUUAGAAAAGCUUUGAACGAGGACGCGGAUAAGUUGCUCUCUGAGGGCGAUCCGGCGGAUCCGCAAUUGCGAAGAUUGAAACGAGAGAUGGCGGACGUGAAUCGACUGUUCGAUGAUUUCGAGAAGCGCGCCAGGGCCGAGGAGGAGUCGAAGAAUGCUGGACGUAUCUUCAACGAUCAGGCGUCCUCGCUUCAGCAGGCCCUCGACGAAGCCGAGAGAGUGUUGAACGCGCGUAUUGCCGCACCUCUGCCGCGGGAUCUCGACAGUCUGGAACAUCUGGUGCUGGAGCACAAAGACUACGAGCAGAAUCUGCAGCGUCUGGCACCGGACGUGGAACAGAUGCAACAGACGUUCCGCGGAAUCACACUGAAGACUCCGGCAAUGAGGAACAAACUCGACAACAUCACGACCAAGUGGAAUCACUUGUGGAAUCUUAGCAGUCUAUACAUUGAGCGUUUGAAGUGCGUUGACAUCGUGCUGGCCAGCCUCGAGGAAAACACUGCGGCCAUUUCCGAGUUCGAGAUCAAACUCGCCUCCUUCGGCGAGUUACCGUCAGACGUGGAAGGUCUGCAGAGCGUGUUGGAGGAUUUGAUGGUUUUGCAAAACGCCACCGACCAACAGCAAGCUUCGGUGGAUCAGCUGAACGAGCACGCGCAUAACGCGAGGCGUCUCGUGGAGAAAUCAAGACCGAAUUAUCGCGGUCCGCACGGCGAUAUGGACCGACUGGACGCCGAAGUCAAUAAACUAAACGCACGAUGGACGAACGUCUGCGGACAGUUGGUGGACAGACUGCGCAGCGCCGAAACGGCCUACGGAUUGGCGCAGCAGUAUCAGAAAUCGUAUCAGAACGAAGUGGACUUCGUCGAUGAAUCGUACAGCAAGUUGGAGCUGGAGAACACAAAGAACCUGCUGAGCAAGGUGCUUGAUCGCGCGCCGGCAAUCGAGGCGGUGAACCUCACGGGUGGCAGACUGAUCCGCGAGGGAAAGAUCUACGGACAAUGGCUCCGAGCAUUCAAAGAACAAUUGGAAGAUAUCUGCCCGUCGUUGGACGCAUCGGUGAAGAGGCCGCGGAGAGAUUCCGUUAUUACGGUCGAUAAUGUUGCGCGCGAUCUAGAUACGCUGAAUCGGAGAUACACGACCCUCGUGAACCUGCUUGAGGAACGUGUCAGGCAGCUGGCGCUACUCCAUCCUGAGGACACAUCCUUGCUGCGUAUUCUUCAAGAACAAAGGCCGCUGCGGACGUUCCGCACAGAGUUCAACAUAUACGAAAGUACUACUAGCGAGGAGCGUUACACAUCCACAACCACACACUACACCCAGUCGCAAUACACCUCCGAGAGACAUGAGUCCACCGAGACGACUUUCUCGAGCGAGACUUCAAAGCGAAAUUACAACGCGGAGCAAGGUGCGUAUCGUCCUAAUGGCGAGACCACCAGCCCGGGGGCCGGCUCACCUAUCGGUGGUAGCCUGCUCAAACGCUCGUACGAGCACGAUAUGACGACGAGCUCCAGCAACAGGCGACAACAUCAACAGCACCAGCAGCAGGAGUUCUCGUCAGUCGUCGAUGGCGGCAAUAGCGAAUUUAGGGGCCUUAGGGUACCUAGGAGGGAUGGGGAUGUUGGCGCGGAGAACGUGAUUGAUGUUAGGGGUAUCGUAGAUCCGAGCAGCGGUGAGAUCCUGACCGUGGGUGAGGCGAUCCGACUCAGGAUCCUCGAUGUUAGGAAUGGUAGGAUAGUAACAUCGAGCGACGGCAGGACCAGCAUGUCGAUCGAGGAAGCGGCGCGCAACGGCCUCAUCGACGCGACGCUGGCCGAUCGGCUGUUAGGUCCGUGUGGAGUGAUGGAGGAGGGUCGUCGAGUAUCCCUUCUUGAAGCGAUCCAGCGGGAGCUCUACGACGCCGAGCGAGCCGACAUCGCGGACCGAAUUAAGGUAACGACGACGCGCCGCGAUCACGGCGCCGAUCGCGGCGCCGGCACGGGGAUUAGCGUUGUCGAUGCGAUGAGGAAAGGCUUGUUGGACCCAGCUACAGGCGAAGUCGUCACCGAGAACGACGAGCGAAUCUCGAUCGAAGAGGCGUAUUCGCGCGGGUACCUCACCAAGGUAGACGUGACCGUUAAAGUAAGCCGCAAUGCCAUUGCGCUGUCCGAUGCGAUAUCGCAGGGUCUCGUGGACGAUCGGUCCGAUCGUAUCACUGACAGAAUCACCGGCGAGUCAUAUCCAUUGGAUGAAGCCGUCGACAGAGGUAUUAUCGAUCCGAACGUCAAAGAGAUCGUGGACACACGAAGCGACAUUAAGGUGACAGUAGCCGAAGCCAUGAAACGCGGUAUAUUGAACGCCAAAAGUGGUAAAUACUCGCACGGCUUGUCGAUGGAGAAGUUGUCGUUCAAAGAGGCACGUCGUCGACAAUUGAUCGUUAAACCAAUGACACUGAAAGAUUGUUGCGAUUGGGAGAUUAUUGAUGACAAAGGGAAAAUUGCAAGCCCGGCUCAUCGCAGCAAGUUGACGAUACUUGAGGCCAUAUCCCGAGGCGUUUUAGACUCGGAGAACGUCAAAUCCAUAGUGGACACUCGAACUGGUGAAAUGGUUACGUUAACCGAUGCCUUAACUAGUGGAAUAAUUAAAGUCGAGGGCACGUAUCGCGAUAUGCUGAAAAACGAGGAAUUGCAUAUCCCGCAAGCUGUUGAGAAGGGUUUGAUCACGUCGGUAACUCAAAAAACUAUUUUCGAUAUUGACGGUUUUAAAGAUCCGGUUUCUGGCGAAUACAUUAGCUUAAACGCGGCUCUGUUGAAAGGUUUGAUCAGCUCGAAACCCGGCGGUACUUUUACCAUCGAUCUGAAAACUGGAAGAACCGUUUCGCUUAGCGAAGCAGAGGAGCAAGGAUACAUCAGACCAGAAGUGUCAGAGAUGCUAAACCGCGGUAUUGGCAUUACCGAAAACGGACGCGAAGCAAGCGUUCUGGAAGCUGUAUUGCUCGGAUUGCUCGAUCCAAAGUCGGGUCAAUUGCUAGACCCACGUAGCAAAAGAAUAGUGCCUUUGGAGGAAGCAAUCAAGCGUGGACUCAUCACUCCUGAUGGCGCUGCACUGCUCACCAGUUUGCUGAACAUUGCGGUUACUACGCAAACCGUGACAAAGACCGUUAGGAAGUACGUAACGACGCUGCGAACUGGCGAAGUUGUUACGAGAGAUUACAAGAUCAGCUACGAGGAGGCAUUGAGCAGCGGAUUGAUCGAUGAGAGUAAAAAUGAGUUCAAGGAUCCAGAUUCGGGAGUGAUAAUGUCCAUCGAGGAUGCUGUUGAGCAAAGUCUUCUUAGCAGUGAUGCUUGCCGACAUGUUACUCACUUAUCCCGAGAGUGCACUCCAAAUUCAGCGCACACGACUUUCGAAAGUACCAUAACGGCAAAUAUCGAUGAUGUAUCUAGAAGUAGGAGAAGUGAAUCACCACCUAGAGCAAUUGGCACAGUUACUACGAUUAUUACUAAGGAAAUAACUCCACGAGCUUCAUCAACACCGACAAAAGAAACAUCCUCCGUUACAAUGACAAUUACACCAUCGUCAACAAUCGAUACCAUUUCUUUUGUAAAAGAUUCAACUCCAACUACGACGGAAAAUACUUUCUCGUCCACAAAAGUAAACGAGUCGACGAAGUGGACGUCCGAAAUAACAUCGAAAACGAGCAGGUCUGAAGAAGCACACGUAGUAAGUUACACAGAUGUUCCUAAAUCAUCUUUACAUGAGACACAAAAAAUGGAAACAGAUAUAAUGACAUCGAGUACACCAAGUACAAGUCACAAAUCGGAGAUCAUGAAAUUCAUAGAAAACGAACGCGGUUCCACUGAUAAACGAGUAUUCGAGUUGCCCGCGGACGGCUGGUCACUCGCGGAAGCUAUCGAUAGAAAACUAUUCGAUUCUGCAACAGGUCUUUUUAUAAUUCCGGGUACAGACAGAUUAGUGUCCUUUGAGGAAUGUAUUAAGCUUCAAAUUAUCAAUCCGAACUCGGGCUUUGUUAUCGAUCCUAACAACGGCAGGAAAGUGUCCCUGGUACGAAGUUUAGAGAAGAAUAUUUUGGAUUCCACAGGUCACUACAGUUAUCCACAAAAGAUCUCAAUGAGAGAAGCGAUCGCGAAUGGAUUAAUUAUAUUAGAAGGCAGACAGAGUGCUGAUUACGAUAAUACUAAUCAAAGGCUUCUUCAAAUCACAAGAGUUUUGGGCAAGCCCGACAUAGUGGAAUUAACGCACGUUGGUGAUUCCUCUCAGCAAAUGGAAAUAAAGACCGAUGAAGUUUCUAUGCCAGAUCCGAUACAAGUGGCUCAGGGAGUAAUUUAUGAUCCAGGAACAGCUCUGGUGAUUUCCACGAAAACAGGUAAAUCUGAAAGUCUCCUAACCGCUGUUUCUGACGGAACGAUACCGUCUACCGCUGUAAUUGUUAAAGAUCCAACGACUGGUAAAGGCAUUAGUAUAGCGGACGCUGUUAAUCGCGAUAUUCUUGACAUGAACACACAAGAAUACAAGAUCGACAAUGGCAGGAAGAUAUCAUUAAUCGACGCAACGAAGUUCGGAAUAAUAGCCGUUCUUGGCGCUCCUCUCGCGGCCACUGCUGCUGCCAUAGAAGCGGUACAGCGAACGAUGGUUAAGGAUCCCAUGACUGGUAAAAAGAUACCGAGAGAAGUCGCCAUUGAGCGUGGCAUCAUUCCGAUGGAUAGCAUAACUUCGCCUAUUGAAUCUGUAAGUGGUGUACUCGAGAAUAAGCAUAAAAAAGUUUCAGCGCAUGAUACGAUACAUCGUGAAUCUGAGAAAGUCUAUGUGCCUAAAGAGAGUACAAAAAGUGAGUUUUCAAAAUCCAUUGACACGCUAGACGGCGAGAGUCUGGGCACAAAGACCAGAGCACGAGUGACAAUCGAACCGAAAUACCAAGUUACGAUCGGCAAAGCGAGAACUUUGUCACCAAGUCCUGAGCGAGAGGCGAAGCCUAUCGUUCUUCAAAAGAUGCGAAAGAGGAUAGUGAAAGUAGAGGAGGCGUUGCAAAGUGGCCUCAUCGAUGUAGAAACCGCGGACACAUUUGCAAAACAGAUGUGCAACGAGAAAGGUGAACCAAUCGCUCUUUCGGAAGCUAUCCGCGAUAAUCGAAUAAAUGCUGAUCAGGGACAAAUCGUGGAUCCUCAGAGACGUGACGUACUCACCAUUAAGCAAGCCAUUGAUCGCGGAAUUUUAGAUCCGGAGAAUGCGCACAUAUUAGUACCUCUGGCGAAGAGUCUGUCCGUGCAUAGCUUGUAUACGCAAGGUUUAUUAGAUCCUUUGGAAGGCAAAAUCGUCCAUCCGGAAACGGGUGUGCAUCUCACUCUCAACGAGGCUAUAGUAUGCGAGAUAGUGGAUCCUUUGUCCAACUUGAUGUUUUCCGUGGACGGUCGUACAGAAACGUUGCAGUCAGCUAUCGCGAACGAUACCAUUGACGCAGACAAAUCGUUAGUUAAAACACAAGGCGGUAGCGUGAAUCUGGUGAAGGCGAUAGAGAAUAAAGUGUUUGAAUUGAAGGAUUCGAUCGAGUCUUCCGAUAUACCGCCGGCGGGAAUGACAUUCCCUGUUGCGCUGAAACGCGGAUUGAUAGACACCAGCAAGAAAGAAAUACGACAUCCAAUUACCGGAGAGCACUUGCCACUAGAAGACGCUAUAAAGGGAGACUUUAUAAUGGCACUACCGUGUCCAGUUGCGCCUGACAGUAUAGAAAUAACAAAAGCUUUGGAAUCGGGAUUGAUCGACAGGGACAACGCUAUAUUUUUCCAUCCUACUACAGGAACUCCCAUUCCUAUUGCCGAAGCCGUCGAAUCAGGUUUACUUAUCAUCAAACCGCCGACGCACGGUGAAAACACUAUAGCUGCCGUUACCGAAACGAUUACAUCGUAUCAUACUAUUACAACCAAGACCGUCGAGCUUCUGCCGGGUUAUGCGUUGAAGAGUGCGAUGGAAGUGCAAGAUAUCAAUACUGGUAAUAUCAUCACUAUCGAAGAAGCCCGACAACGAGGUAUCAUCAAGGAUGAAACAGAAAGCAAACGGGAAUUUACGACGAAAGACAUCAAAAUGUCAUUUGAUCACGCGGUAGAGAAAGGACUCGUGAAUAUGAAAACGGGUAUUUAUACAGAUCCUUGUACGGGCGCGACGAUGUCUAUCGCCAAGGCUGUCGAGGAAGGAAUCCUCGAUACUUCAUCCAGCAAAAGCGACUUUGGAUCACCUAGGAAAUCAUCCGAUGGCAGUAUGACCGUAUUAGAAGCAGUUGAACAGAUUUACGAUGAGGAAACCGGAACGUUUAAAGAUCCCGAGACAAACCAAUCUUACAACUUAACGGAAGCGAUGAAAAUCGGCCUCAUUGAGCCUGAUUCCGUGCUUUAUAACGUAAAGACAAAAGAAUCUAUCACCACAAAAGAGGCAGUCGAGAAAGGUCUGCUCGAUCCUGUUACUGGAAAAAUGAAAACCGUACGAGAUGAAAAGGACCGUCCGAUCAGCAUAGCGGAAGCUACGAAAUUGGGUCUCUUAGCAGUUGUUGCCGCGCCAGUGCUGGCUGGAAAAGCAGUAAUCGACGCUAUUUCCAGUUACAAAUCUAAGGAAAUAAAGCCGAGCGCAUCGAUGAUGACGAAACCGUCUGUCAUAACAAAGAAAGAACCAAGUCCACCCACGAUAAGCAUAAUAAAAAUGAAAGAACAAUCACCUUCGGAAAUAGAUGCAAAAAUGACAAUUUCUGAGUUGCCUGUUCGAGAGCAUGUAUCCGUUACAGUCAUUUCUAAAGAUGUUUUCCAUAGUGAGGUUUCUGAGAAAAGACAAGAAUCUUCGUAUACAGGAGAAAUCGAAAAAGGAGAGAUGGAAAUAGAAGAUGACGGUAAAUUACAGGAUAUUCCGGACGAAGAAGCACCUAGACAAGUUUCGAUAAUUAUUACAAAGGAAUUAACGCCUGAGGUCCUUGCAGAAUUCGGAGCGUUCGAUCUGGUGAGAGAAAAGUUUCUGGAUCCAGAGACAGGUGCGGUUACUUCUUUCAACGAUCUUGUUUUGAAUCUGAGAGUCUUUGAUCCUGAUCAGGUGCUUGUCAAGGAUCUCUCGUCCAAAACCGAGUCAUAUGUAAACCUACGCGAAGCGAUUAGCAGACCUCUCGUGGACCGAAACAUUGCCUAUAUGGUUAAUCCGAAGACUGGUAAGAAAAUACCAUUCUUCGAGGCGGUACGCUUGGGAUGGAUUAAGCAGGAACCGGAAGACGAAAUGGAAAGAGAACAACCUAUGGAUUCGCAAUCUUGGAAUUUGCAAGAAGCUAUCGAUGCUGGUAUAUGCAAUCCAGUUACGGGAACGAUUUUAGAUCCUAUAUCAGGACAAGCGAUGUCCAUGAGCGAAGCUAUCGACGUAGGUCGCAUUGAUGCUGAUACACUCGGUGUGAGAAAUCCAAUCACUGACGAGAUUGUACCGCUAUCCGAGGCGUUAGAAACCGGCAUGAUGGAUCUUCACAGAAAUGUUGUCACUAAUAUCGAAACAAGAACGGAGAUUGACAUUACGACUGCGUUUCUACGAGGUCUAAUUGUGCCCACCUCGCGCAAGCCGAUUUCGCUGGAAGCUAUUAUCAGAAAAAAUCUCUAUGAUGCUGAGACAGGUAAAAUACAAGAUUCUUUAACUAAACAAUUAAUCAGUAUCGAGGAGAGUGUUCGCAGAGGCAUUGUCGAUGCUUUCAUUACUGAGAUUCGAGACACAAAAGCUGGUUUGUCCGUUUCAUUGGAGGAUGCACUCACGAUGAAUCUGUUCAACUCUAAAACGGGUCGUUUGUGCGACACGAAAGCGGGAGAGCUCUUACCCUUGGAUGUAGCACUUAACAAAGGUUUGAUUAUCACAAUGCCGUUCGUGCCUUCGCUGAUCGAUGCAAUUAAUCAAGAGUACUAUUCGUCAAAAACGGGUCUUGUCCUGAAUCCUAUGACAGGCGAAGAUUUAACGUUGAAGGAAGCAUUAGCUGUGGGUUACAUUAACGGCUCCACAACAGUCAUAAAAGACGACAGAAAAGAUAAAGUUAUUCCUCUUAAUGAGGCCGAAGAAAGCAACUUGAUAGAUCUGGUGAAAGGAACACUGACUUAUCCACAUAUAAUGACAUUGGACAUUGCUUUUGAAAAGGGAUACAUCUUAAGUACUAUAAAACCGUGGACGUUACAAGAGGCUUUGGCUCUUCAGAUUUAUGAUUCAAAGUCCGGCACUUUUAACAUAGACGGAAAAAAUUAUGCUUUAGAGGAUGCGAUCGAGAAAGGUUUUAUUAGUAAAGAUAGUCCGUCAAUUAAGGAUCCGAGAAAUAAUGAUAUCAUAUCGUUGGGUGAUGCUAUCAAGCACGGCUUUAUUAACGCGAAGGCCGGUACGGCUAUAGAUCCCUGUACAAGCGCUCCUCUUUCGUUAACUGACGCAUUGGAUCGCGGUUUUAUAGUGCCAGCAAAACGUAAGAUAUCCUUGCCGGAAGCUGUGUUUAAAGGCUUAUACGAUCCCAAGACCGGGCAGUUCACAGUACCUGAUACACAAGAGAAACUUCCUACUGAUCGUGCGAUUAAGAUGGGCGUGAUAGAUGCCACAACCGCAAUCGUACGAGAUCCCAAUGGUGAUGUGAUAACGUUCAACAAGGCUAUCAAGACUUCGGUAGUCGAUCCUAAGACUGGAACAGUCAGUCAUGCCAGAGGACCGCCUGUGGACUUCCAGGAAGCAUUGGAACGCGGUUUGCUUCUUGAAACGAGGAGACCUAUGAGUUUCAGUGAAGCUAUUUCAAAGGGCAUUCUCGAUGAAAAAACUAAUAAGUUUCUAGAUCCGCAGACGGGCAUUUAUCUAACGAUAUUGGAAGCCAUUCAAAAAAAUCUGAUAGAUGCCGAUUCGGUUACUGUCAAAGACACGAGGUCUAGCAUUUGGAAGACAAUGACGCUGAUGGAAGCCAUACAAUCUGGUUACAUGGAUGGCACCACUGGCUAUAUUGGUGAUUCUAGCAAAAAUAAUAGAAAUGUGUCUCUAAGAGAUGCCUUCGAAUCUGGCCUCAUCGUUGACAGUAGAGCUGCUGUGUCGUUACAGCGCGCCAUCCAUCAAGGAUUAUAUGACGAUAACACUGGCAAGAUUACUGAUCCUAGCACGGGCAGAGCUGUGACGUUGCAUGAAGCGAUGCGGAAAUGCAUCAUUAGUCCCACAUUACCGUGUUACUGGGACAAACGUGGCGAGCGAUUGUUAUCUCUAGCAGAGACGUGUCGCGCUGGUGUGAUCGAUCGACGCACUGGAAUGUUCAAAGAACCAGGUUCCAGUGGCACAGUCUCAUUGUCAGUUGCGUUGCAGCUUGGUCUUAUAGUCGACAUCGAGAGUAUGGGAUUCGGUCUGUACGAAGCGAUAGUAAUGAACAUGUAUGACGUGUCGUCGGGCAAGUUCGUGCACCCGACUAACAACCGCAAGUUAACGUUAGCCGAGGCGUAUCAGAUAGAUAUGAUAAACCCGCUUAUAUCAAUUGUUAAAUGCAGCGAAUCGAAUAGAUACCUUCUGCUGGCGGAGGCUAUCUCUUCGGGUAUUAUUGAUGACAUUCGUGGUACGUACAUCAUCCGCGACAUCGACGAGGCGAUUAACUUGCAAGAGGCCGCAAAGAAAGGUUUUAUCGUUACGUCGAAAACACCUUUGUCGAUUGAAGAGAUGGUCAAAUGUCAUCUUUACCGAGGCGAUAGCGGCAAGUUUGCCAAUCCCAUGGCCAAUGAGUAUCACGAUCUACUUCAAGCGAUCAACUGCAAUCUUAUAGACCCUGAUACCACCGCCUUGAAAGAUGCGACAACCGGACAAAUCAAGUCGUUAUUGGUGGGUAUCGAAGAUGGAACGGUUGACGUGUCUCGAGGUAGAAUACUGGAUCCUAAAACAACACGUGCCUUCAAUAUCGAUAUUGCUUUGGAAAGAGGUCUAUUGGUCACGAUCGAUAAGCCUCUGACGCAACAACAUAGAUCACCUUUGGAGACCUCUAAACCUGGACUUGGUGACAAAAGUAUCAAAGAAUGUACCCUACAGGAAGCGAUCAACUAUGAAUUGAUCGAUCCGAACACGUCGUUCGUGAGAGAUCCCAGGAAUGGUCGGUUUAUAACAACGGCAAAAGCGGUAGCGGACAGUGUCGUGGAUCCAACCGUUAAAGGCAUGAUUGAGUUGAACGGUGGAAGCAAGAGAGAACCGCGUUUUGUGCGUUUCGGUGAUGUCAUCAUAUUUAUUAGGAAACCUAUCACUUUCGAGGAAGCGAUCGAGAAGGAGUAUCUAUCAUUGGAAUCGGGCAAAUUUACCGAUCCGGUUUCGAAUGAGCAAUUUACCCUCAAGGAGGCAGUAAGUCUCGGUAUUGUCGACUCGGACUCCGCGUUGAUUAAAGACUCGCAGAAGAAAAAGCUAGUAAAAUUGCCGGAAGGCUUCCGCAAGGGCAUGAUGGACGCAGAAAAGGGUAACGUGUUAGAUACGGCUACGUCGAAACUGUAUAGUUUGUCCAAGGCCCUAGAAAUCGGCCUGUUGAUAACCCCGAGAAACGGCGUUUCAUUCAUCGAAGCGCUGCAGUUCGGUCUCUACAAUCCGACCACGGGCGGUUUUCACGAUCCCUUCGUUGUCACUUCCGUACUAGAUCGCAAGCGCCUCACGCUGGCGGACGCGAUUGAGUCUGGUCUGAUCGAUCCAUCCACCACUGUGAUCAAAGAUCCGUUCACGAGUAAUAUCGAGAGUUUGUUAGAGGCAAUGAAUAGUGGGAAGGUAGAUUCCGUAGGCGGCAGGUUAGUCGAGGACACGGAUGGCAAGAGUAUCGACUUCAUGAAGGCCUUGGAGCGCGGUUAUAUACUCGCCGCUGAAGCCAGGCAAGCGGUGGAGGAGAAAUAUAGACUAUGUGACGAGACAUUGUCUAAGCUCCUGCAAUGGAUCUGCGAAAUUGAGGACAAGUUGGCGAGUCAAGAUACCGUCAAAGAAGAUUUAGAAAAACUGAGAAAGCAGAUAUUCACUAUGAAAGAAAUAAAAGAAGAUCUUGAAUCGCACAGUCGCCCCGUUUCAUCUUGCUUGGACCAAAUUCGACAAGUUGUCUUGACUGGCAGCAACGUGUUGUCCAGUGAUGAAGUGUCUACAUUAGAGAAGAACGGUCGAUCUCUAAAAACUCGAUUUGACAAGGCGUUAGAUCGCACUGACAAGUUAGUGAAACGUCUCACUGGCGCCAGAGACGAAUUGUCGAAAUUCAAGAAUGAAUUAACAACAUUCUCCAUUUGGUUGGACAAAGCCAGAAGCGUACUUGAGGAUAAGGAACGUUCCUUGUCCGAUCUGCACAAGCUGAGCAGCAGCACGGAUACUACUCGCGAUUUCAUCAGCGACGUGAUUGCACAUCAAGCGGAUCUGAGAUUCAUUACAAUGGCCGCACACAAGUUUUUCGAUGAAAGUAAACAAUAUCUCGAGGUUCUCAACGAUUUCAGGACUAGCUUGCCGCAAAGAUUGCCGCACAAGGAGCCUAUAGCUAGCCAAGACUCGCCCGUACGAGCCGAAGUGACCAACGCGACGGAGCGAUACAAAGAUCUGCUAUCCCGAGCAAAUCUUUUGUCGGACAGAUUGUCGGGAGUCGGCAGCAAACAAAGAGAUUAUUACGACUCUCUGGAUAAAGCUAGAGCAUGGCUGAAUGACAUCGAACCUAAAGUGCACAGAGUCAUUUCCGAACCUGUCGCCGCCGAACCGAAACAAGUGGAGGAUCAAUUGCACAAAGCCAAGGCGUUGUACAAUGAAUUUGUUAACGAGCGCCUAGUCGCCAAUGCUAAACACUGCGUUCGAGCUUUGCUGCACUCUUUGGAGGGCCAACUCACCAUCAAGGAGGUUAAUGAUCUCGAAGAACCAGUGAAGGCGCUGGAAGAUAAGUGCAAACAACUCAGUAACGCUUUGGCUGAGAAGUGUCAAGAACUUGACACGGCGCUGGUGAGGAGCCAAGGAGUACAAGAUGCAUUAGACGGUUUAGUUGCCUGGCUGAACAACGUUGAGAGUCAGUUUAAAUCGCUUCAACGACCGGCAAGUUUGCAAAAGGAACGCUUGGAAGAGCAGCAAAGAGAACAGCGAUUGCUUCAGGCGGAUCUGGAUAGCCAUCGUUUAAGCGUCGAUACCAUCACGACGAACGCUCAGGAUCUUCUUAAUUCGAGUAAUGAGCACGUCGCCAAACAUAUCAAGAACAAGUUGAAAGAUGUACGAAACAGAUUUGAGAAACUGAUGGACAAGUCCUUGAGACGCGGUGAAUUCCUGGACGAGAUAGCGCAAGCCCUGAACGAAUUCCUCGGAGAUGUAGCUAAGUUUGAGAGUUGGUACGCGCACAUGAUGGAGAUUCUGGAUUCGAGAGAUCUUAGCAAGCUCGACGUGUCGGACUACGAGGCCAAGAUGGCUCAGUUGAUCGACAUGCGUGAAGAUCAACGCGGCAGCUUCGAAGAUCUUAUACGCAACGGAAAGAACCUCAUCUCUAAGAAAGAUAUAACCGAAGCCGGUACAAUCAGGGAUAAGAUCAAGGCACUCGAAUCCCAAUGGAAGGAACUGAACAAUCUGAUCGACGAGAAACAACGAUUGUGCAAAUCUAGAGCUGAGCAGCACACGGCGUACGAAAAAUUGCGAGACCAGGUGCUCGACUGGCUCACUCGUACGGAGAACAAGGUGCAAGGUCUUGAACCGGUCGCCGUAAAUCUGGACAAACUGAAGAUGCAGCAAGAGGAACUGAAGCCGAUACAGAAAGAAUAUCGUGAUUACGGCAACACGGUCGACAAGAUCAACGACCUGGGUAUCGCUUAUGACAGUUUGAUGAAGGAGCGCGGUGAGAGCCCAACUCGUCGACGAGGCAGUACUAGCCCAACAAAGAGACCAGUACUGCGAAUGUCACAAGACGGUCGUUCACCGUCACCCACUAAAUCCUACGCAGUUCAAAGUCCGGUCUCCCCAGGUGGUAGCAGCGGAUUCAGCAGUCGUCGCUCGAGCCAGGAUGGUUUCCACCUGGAAGAAUUGUCACCGGUUCAGCAGCAGCUUUCGGAAAUUAAUCAUAGAUAUGGAUUACUUGGCGUCAGACUAUCAGAUCGUCAAACAGAAUUAGAUAAUAUUAGAGAGGAGUUGAAAAAACACCUGGAUCAUUUGAAAAUACUCUCUCAAUUCUUGGACAAGAUUCAGCGGCAGUUGCCUAAAGAGAGCAUGCCCGCGACAAAAGACGACGCGGACAAAACGGCCAAGCAAGUCAAGCUCCUUGUCGAGGAGAUGUACGAGAAGCAAUCUCUACUGGACAGUACUCGUACACAGGUGCGUGAUUUGGUCAGACGUAAAAAGGGAGCAGACGGUGUCGAUAGGCUGAACGACGAGAUGGAAGAUGUUGCCAGUCGAUGGAGAUCAAUAUCAGACAGAUGCAAGGACAGAAUUAAAUUCUUAGAAGAUAUUAAAGACUUCUACGAUACGUACGAAGCUCUAAAUUCGUGGCUCGGCGCUAAAGAGCGAAUGCUGGGCGCCUUGGGACCCAUUUCAUCCGACCCACGCAUGGUUGCGAGUCAGGUGCAGCAAGUACAGGUCUUGCGAGAAGAAUUCAGGACUCAGCAACCGCAAUUGGAUCAUCUAGUACAAGUCGGAGAGAGCAUUCUAAUCACAAUUUCCAUAGCUUCUUCAGAUGGACAAAAGAUAAACGCGAAACUGCAGAGUAUUUUGCAGAGAUGGGCGGAUCAAAUGGCAAGAUUAGAUGAAAGAGCGCAGAGUUUGGGAGAUGCCGUAGAUACCAGUCGCGAGUUUGACGCUAGUCUUAAUCGAUUGCGGGAUGCCUUGCAAGGAAUUUCCGACAAUUUGGACGAGCUAACGCUUGAAAAAGAUCCUGAGGAGCAGCUUCGCAAGAUCGAGAAUUUGGAGAGGCAACUGGAAGGUCAAAGACCAUUGUUAGCGGACGCGGAGAUGGCCGGUGCGCAACUAUGCGAGGUUCUCAGUGAUCCAGCAUCGAAAUCGGAGAUUCAAGGAAAACUCGCCACAGUUGGCAAGAUGUAUAACAACUUGCAGAAGAAGUUGGAUCACAGGAAAGCUGAAAUCGAAGGAAAUCUCCGAGAUGGAAGACAGUUCGAGGCUUCCUGUAGCAGAACUCUCGGGUGGCUCGCGGAUGAACUUGGCAAUAUGUCUGAAAAGUUGCUGGUGUCCGCUGACAGGGAAAUUUUGCAACAGCAACUUGAUCAUCAUGAGCCUGUGUAUCGAAAUGUAAUGGGUAAAGAGCAUGAAGUCAUAAUGCUACUAAACAAAGGACGCGACAUGCUCGCUCGAUCUCAGAAAGCGGAAAACCGUUCUCUUCAACGUGACUUGGAUAAGAUGCAAUCGCAAUGGGAUCGCCUCAAGAAGGAUACCGUCGAGAGGCAUACGAGACUACAAACCUGCGCAGAGCAUUGCAAGAAAUAUUACAAAGCUCAGGACGUCUUCCUGCCGUGGCUUCGACAAGCUGAAGACAAAUUGGAUAGUUUGAUCCCCACCUCCUUCAGACGCAAGGACAUCGAGAAGCAACUGAAGGAGUUGUCAUCGUUCAGGAAUGAAGUGUGGAAGCACUCUGGAGAAUACGAGAAUAACAAGACGCUUGGCGAGACAUUUGUCGGAGCCUGCGACAUCGACAAACAAAACGUAAAGAAUGAGCUCAGUGCUAUGAAGACUAGAUGGGAUAAAUUAAACAACGACUUGUUGUCUAGAACGCAAUCUUUGGAAGAUACCGCACGUCAUCUGAUGGACUUCAAUGAGAACUUGCGCGAUUUGCAACACGGUUUACAGCGAUGUGAAGACAAGUUGGCUUCACAUGACGCUCUUGGUGGAGCUGCUAAAGAUCCAAAACUUCUCGAUAGAAUAAAGGCUUUACGAGAGGAAACAACGAGCUUGAAGAAACCUUUGCAAUGCGUGAGGCAACAAGCCAACGAUCUUGUCAACAAAGCCGGCGAGCAAGGUGUAGAUGCGACGCAUCUGCAAGACGAAAUCGACAGCGUUACUGAUCGCAUUAAUGACUUACAAGCGAAACUGGACGACCGAUGUAACGAGCUGCAAAGCGCAGCAACAGCCGUCGCACAAUUCAACGAUCAGGCAAAAUUGAUUAGCCAACAUCUGUCUGCUCUCGAGAAGGAUCUAGACUCCAUGAAAGCGCCUGGUAGAGAAAUCAAGAUUGUGCGAGGCCAGCUGGAGGAUAUCGCUAAAGUCAUCAGCAGAAUUAGUAAACUCUACGAAGAGAUCAGCGAUCUUGCGAAUCGUGGCGAACGUUUAGUUGAUUAUGGUUUCGCUGCUGACGCUGUGGCAACCAGAGGUCAGGUUGACGGAUUUAAACGACAAAUUGGUAAACUAGAUGAACGCGCUCGUACCAGAGAGGAGGAACUCAUUUCAACCUUAAACAAGUUGCAAGAGUUCUAUCAGUUACAUGCGAACGUAAUGGAGGGCAUUAACGACGCGAAUGAACAAGUUAGGAGGUUCAAGCCUGUCGGAUCAGAAGUGGAUUCUAUCAAAGCUCAGCAAGAAGACUUCAGGGCUCUCAAAGUUAACAAGAUCGAACCACUGGCACACGCUGUCGAUGAAUGUAACGCGCUGGGCCAAGGUCUUAUACAAACUGUAGGACGAGAUGUCAAUACUAGCAAUAUUGAGAGGGAUGUUGAUAAAAUGAAUGAGAGAUGGAACGAUUUGAAAGACAAGUUGAAUGAGCGGGAUCGCAAAUUAGAUGUUGGAUUACUGCAAUCUGGCAAGUUCCAAGAGGCCUUGGAUGGUUUAGAGAAGUGGUUGACCGAUACGGAAGAGAUGGUGUCGAAUCAAAAACCGCCGUCCUCGGAUUAUAAGGUCGUAAAAGCGCAGCUGCAAGAACAGAAGUUCCUGAAGAAGAUGCUGUUGGAUCGUCAAAACUCUAUGUCGUCUCUUUACAACAUGGGACGGGAGGUAGCUGCCGAUGCAGACCCGAAGGAACGCAAGGCCAUCGAAAAACAAUUGAACGAUCUGGUGGGCAGAUUUGAUAAUCUAACGGAAAGCGCUGCGGAGAGAAUGGACGCUCUCGAACAGGCAAUGGCGGUGGCAAAACGAUUCCAAGACAAAUUGGUACCUCUUGCUAUCUGGCUGGACAAGACGGAGAAGAAAAUCAGGGAUAUGGAGUUAGUCCCUACCGACGAGGAGAAGAUACAGCAACGUAUUAGGGAGCAUGAUAUUCUCCACGAGGACAUCAUAUCGAAGAAGCCAGACUUUAGCGAGCUCACGGAAAUAGCCAGCCAACUAAUGUCGCUCGUGGGCGAAGACGAAGCUAGCACAUUGGCCGAUAAACUUCAGGACGCAGCUGACAGAUAUGCAGCAUUGGUCGAGCGAUCCGAGGCUCUUGGCAGCUUGCUGCAGCGUUCGCGACAAGGUCUGCGCCACUUGGUUCUCACGUACCAAAGCUUACAAGCAUGGAUGGAGGAUAUGGAGAUCCGAUUGUCGAAAUAUCGUAUUCUAGCGGUGCAUAGAGACAAGUUGCUGCAGCAAAUGGAAGACCUUGCGAAUCUUACGGAACAGGUCUCCAAGCGGCAAACAGAAGUUGACAGCACUGUGGAUUGCGGCCUGGAACUCAUGAAACACAUCUCGAGCGAUGAAGCGCUUCAAUUGAAGGACAAGCUGGACUCCCUGCAACGGCGAUUCAACGAUCUUGUCACGCGCGGUUCGGAUCUUCUGAAACACGCUGAGGAGUCCUUACCGUUAGUGCAGCAAUUCCACGAUAAUCACAAUCGAUUGAUGGAUUGGAUGCAGGGUGCAGAGUCCGCUUUGCAGUGCGCCGAACCUCGCGAAGAGGAGAUUAUCCGGCUCGAGAUGGAGAUAUCAGAAUAUAGACCCGUUUUGGAUAAAAUUAACGCAGUGGGACCGCAAUUGUGCCAAAUAUCGCCGGGAGAGGGUGCUGCGACUAUCGAAGGCCUCGUGACUAGAGAUAACCGGCGAUUCGACGCGAUCGCCGAGCAGAUUCAGAGGAAAGCGGAGAGAAUUCAAUUGAGUAAGCAGCGUUCCUUGGAGGUGAUCGGCGAUAUCGACGAUCUGCUCGACUGGUUCAGAGAGGUGGACAAUCAACUGCGAGAAGCUGAACCGCCUAGCAGCGAACCUGAAAUUAUCCGAGUGCAACUGAAGGAGCAUAAAGCGCUCAACGAUGACAUAUCCAGCCAAAAGGGUAGAGUGCGAGAUGUUAUCUCGACAGCGAAAAAGGUAAUACGCGAGAAUACUCAGCACGAAGACACAUCUACGAUCAGAGACAAGAUGGAAGACCUACGCGAAACAAUGGAAAUUGUAUCAGCUCUGUCUACGGAUAGACUGGGAGCUCUGGAACAAGCUCUACCAUUGGCCGAGCAUCUUCGCGACACCCACGCUGGCUUGGUCAGCUGGCUCGAGGAGGCUGAACAACAAAUCGCUAUGUUACCGAUGCCCGCGCUGCGUCCCGACUUGAUAGCGAUGCAACAGGACAAGAACGAGCUUCUCAUACAAAGCAUCAACGAACACAAGCCACUGGUGGAGAAGCUGAAUAAAACCGGCGAGGCUCUUAUCAAAUUGUGCAACGAGGAGGAGGGCAUGAAAGUGCAGGAUAUUCUGGACAAUGAUAACGCUCGCUAUGCUGCGUUGAGAGCUGAAUUGCGAGGCCGGCAACAAGCUCUGGAACAAGCGUUGCAGGAGUCUUCGCAAUUCUCCGACAAAUUGGAGGGCAUGUUACGAGCGCUAUCUUCCACUGCUGAUCAGGUGAAUGGAGCGGAACCGAUUAGUGCUCACCCGCCUCGUUUGCGUGAUCAGAUGGAGGAGAAUGCCGCAUUAGCGGAUGAUCUUGCCCAAAGAUCCGAAGCUUAUGCAGCCGUGAAGAAAGCCGCGGACGAUGUAAUUAGCAAAGCUGGCAACAGGGCCGACCCGGCGGUGAAAGACAUUAAACGCAAGCUGGAUAAGCUCAACAAAUUAUGGACGGAUGUGCAGAAAGCCACGACCGAUCGUGGUCGCACCUUGGAUGACACUUUGGCUGUCGCCGAGAAAUUCUGGGCAGAAUUGAAUGGUGUGAUGGCUACCUUGAGGGAACUACAGGACGCGCUCGCCGGACAGGCACCACCAGCCGCUCAACCGGCUGCCAUUCAGCAACAACAAGUAGCGUUACAGGAGAUCAGGCACGAGAUCGAUCAGACCAAGCCGGAUGUUGAACAAGUCAGAGCAUCGGGACACGAACUGAUGGGUUUGUGUGGUGAACCGGACAAACCUGAAGUACGAAAGCACAUUGAGGACUUGGAUCAAGCUUGGGAUAACGUUACGGCGUUGUACGCCAGGCGCGAGGAGAAUCUGAUCGACGCCAUGGAGAAGGCAAUGGAGUUCCACGAGACACUGCAAAAUCUGUUAGAAUUCUUGCAGGAAGCUGAGGAUAGAUUCGCGGAUAUGGGCCCGCUCGGCAGCGAUAUCGAUGAGGUCAAGAAACAGAUCAAGCAACUAGCCAAUUUCAAAGCCGAGGUGGAUCCACACAUGGUGAAGGUCGAGGCGUUAAACAGGAGUCUGACAAGACAAGCAGCCGAAUUAACGGAGAGGACCUCUUCCGAACAAGCAGCAGCCAUCAAGGAACCGCUUGGCGCCGUGAACAGACGAUGGGAUGGAUUAUUACGAGGUUUGGUGGAGAGGCAACGGUUGUUGGAGAACGCACUGCUACGACUGGGUCAAUUCCAACAUGCUUUAGACGAGUUAUUGGUAUGGAUCGAGAAAACUGACAAGACAUUGGAUAAUCUCAGGCCAGUAGCUGGCGAUCCGCAAGUGAUUGAAGUUGAGUUGGCUAAACUAAAAGUUUUGGUGAACGACAUACAAGCUCAUCAGACAAGUGUUGAUACGUUAAAUGAUGCUGGUCGCCAAUUGAUCGAGGAUGGAAAAGGCACCGCGGAAGCAUCUACCACGGCUGACAAGCUAGGCACUUUGAAUCGUCGUUGGCGAGAUCUGUUACAACGCGCUGCCGAUCGUCAACGAGAACUGGAAGACGCUUUACGAGAGGCGCAAUCCUUCACUGCCGAGAUACAAGAUUUGCUGUCGUGGUUGGGUGAUGUAGAUAACAUGAUAGUAAGUUCUAAACCGGUCGGUGGUCUGCCCGAAACUGCAUCUGAUCAGUUGCAACGCUUCAUGCAAACGUACAACGAACUGGAACAAAAUCGUCCGAAGGUUGAGACGGUAUUGCAGCAAGGACAAGAAUACUUGAAGAAAGCGGACGUUACUAGCGCCGGUGGGUUGAAUCACAAUCUGCGUACGUUGAAACAGAAGUGGGACAACGUGCUUGCGCGCGCCAGCGAUAAGAAGAUAAAGUUGGAAAUCGCCCUGAAAGAAGCUACCGAGUUCGACGACGCAUUGCGGGCCUUUGUUGAUUGGUUGACCAACGCCGAAAAGAUUCUACUGAACCUCAAACCCGUCUCCAGAGUUAUGGAAACGAUAUUGCAACAAAUCGAGGAGCACAAGGCAUUCCAGAAGGACGUUGGUGUCCAUCGCGAGACUAUGUUGAAUCUCGACAAAAAGGGAACCCAUCUCAAAUACUUUUCUCAGAAGCAGGACGUGAUUCUUAUAAGAAACUUGCUCGUUAGCGUACAACAUAGGUGGGAACGAGUGGUCUCCAAAUCAGCCGAAAGAACGAGGGCUCUGGAUCAUGGUUACAAGGAGGCUAGAGAGUUCCACGACAGCUGGUCGAAUCUGAUGAAUUGGUUGGACGAUACCGAGAGGAUGUUGGACGAAGUCGCUGCCGAUGGACUUGGCGGCAAUGAUCCGGACAAGAUUAAGUCGCGCCUUAAUAAACAUCGGGAGAUACAGAAGGCGCUAAGUGCCAAGCAAAGCACGUACGAUACUACUAUGAAGAACGGCAAGAUGUUGAAGGACAAGGCGCCAAAGACCGACGAACCCGCCUUGAGAGAAUUAUUAAACGAGUUGAAGAACAAAUGGACCACAGUCUGCGGUAAAUGCGUGGAUCGGCAGAGGAAGCUGGAGGAAGCUUUGCUGUUCUCCGGACAGUUCAAAGAUGCGAUUCAGGCGUUGUUGGAGUGGCUGAGCAAGACUGAGAGGUACCUCGCUGCCACUGAACCGCUUUACGGCGAUCUGGAUACCGUUACCAAUUUAGUGGAGCAGCACAAGGCUUUCGAAAAAGAUCUGGAGUCACGUGCCUCGCAGAUGGAAUCCGUUAUUAAGACUGGCCGUGAGUUGGAAUCUAAAGCCUCCAUCGAGGACGCUUCAAUGAUCAGAUCGCAACUGGGUGAAUUGAACAGUCUUUGGGAUAGAGUGACCAGUCUCUCGUCGAGGAAGUCUCUACAGCUGGAGGAAGCUCUGAGAGAAGCUGAGCGGCUUCACAAGGCCGUUCACGUGUUGCUUGAAUGGUUGAGUGACGCGGAAAUGAAGUUGCGAUUUGCCGGACCGCUACCAGAGGACGAGCAAGAGAGCAGGAAUCAACUGAUGGAGCACGAGAGAUUCCUUCGCGAGCUGCAGGCUAAGGAGAUUGAGAAAGAUCAUACGUUAGAGCUGGCACAUAGCAUUCUCGCAAAGGCGCAUGCCGAUGGCGCCGCCGUUAUCAAACAAUGGAUCACCAUUAUUCAGUCCAGAUGGGAAGAAGUGGCGACAUGGGCUUAUCAGAGGAACCAGAGAUUGCAGGAUCAUAUGCAGGGAUUACAGGAUCUCGACAAUCUUCUCGAGGAGCUGUUAGCUUGGCUCGUAGGUUUGGAGAAUACUUUGAACGCUCUGGAAGCGGAACCAUUGCCGGACGAUAGGGCUACGCUUGAAAUGCUUAUCGCGGAUCACAGAGAGUUCAUGGAGAAUACCAGCCGAAGACAGAACGAGGUCGACCGCGUAUGCAAGGCUCGGCAGAUUAAACCGAUAAAGGAUACAAGAAAGAUAUCGAAAGUUAGAUCACCAGCGCCUAUCCGAGGCAGCCCAGGUCGUGACAGAACGCCAGACCUUUCGUUGCCGCACAUUGGUCCACGCUUCCCACCCAAAGGAAGCAAGGGAGCUGAACCAGAAUUCCGUAGUCCGAGGGUUAAGUUGCUCUGGGAUAAAUGGCGCCACGUUUGGAUGCUAGCAUGGGAACGCCAACGUCGUCUGCAAGACAAAUAUAAUUACAUUCAAGAGCUGGAUCGUGUUGCCAACUUUAGCUGGGAGGAUUGGCGCAAGCGGUUCCUGAAAUUCAUGAAUCAUAAGAAAUCCAGGCUGACUGAUCUAUUCAGGAAGAUGGAUAAGAAUAACGACGGACUCAUACCGAGGGAGGACUUUAUUCAAGGAAUUAUGAACACCAAAUUUGAGACUUCUCGUCUGGAAAUGGGCGCUGUUGCUGAUCUAUUCGAUCGUCACGGCGAAGGAUUAAUCGACUGGAAAGAAUUCAUCGCUGCUUUGCGACCUGAUUGGGAGGAGCGACGUACGUACAAUGACACAGACAAGAUACACGAUGAAGUCAAGCGGUUGGUCAUGCUGUGUACCUGUCGCCAGAAGUUCCGUGUGUUCCAAGUUGGCGAAGGGAAAUACAGGUUUGGUGACAGUCAGAAGUUGCGAUUGGUUCGAAUCUUACGGUCCACUGUUAUGGUACGCGUCGGUGGAGGCUGGGUAGCGCUAGACGAAUUCCUUCUGAAGAACGAUCCAUGCCGCGUUUUUCUAAUGCCAAUACCGGAUCCUAACAAACCGGAACAACAUGAGGGUUGGUGUCCGCUCGCUAAGGGAAGAACGAAUAUUGAGCUGCGGGAGCAAUUCAUACUGGCGGACGGCGUUAGCCAGACCAUGACGGCCUUCCGCUCCAAGCCGAGCCCGACUUCGACGCUGCAGCGUACGCCAAUAUCCUCCACCAAUGCUGGACCGAUCACCAAGGUAAGGGAACGCAGUGCUCGCAGCGUACCUAUGGGCCAAACACGAGCUUCACGCUCAUCCUUGAGCGCCGGCACGCCAGACAGCCUUAGCGACAAUGAAAGUUCCUUCAAGGUAUCUGGUAGGAAAACCAGCACGCCUUAUAGAUCUACCGUGACACCCGGUGGUAGCCGUCCAUCUAGCAGGCCAGCCUCAAGACCUACCAGCAGACCAAGUAGCCGGCCUGCGUCGAGACAGGGAAGUAAACCGCCUAGUCGAUACGGUUCCACGCAGUCGUUAGACGAUGAUUCGUCUACCCCGAGCCGCAUUCCGCGAAGGACCGUUAUCGGCUCCAGCACUACUCCGACGUCCAGUAGACACAACAGUAUAUCCGGCAGGAAGCUUACAACCCCAGUAAACGGAUCGAGCUCUCGACCCCGUACUCCGACAGGACUGAUCAGCCCCGCCAGUGGGGUGCCUUCCAGGUUUGGCUCAAUCCAUAGAGCUUCGAGCAUUCCAACCCUGACUGGUGUCGGAACACCGAUCAGCCGCUCUAGGAUACCCGUGUAUGUGGGAGUGGAUAUAAAAUCUCCUCAGUCGACUACCAGCAAUAUAUCGACUCAUUCAACACAAAGCAACCAUUCUACGAUUUCUACUGAUUCCACUGGGAGCAGCUCUGUGUGUACGAAUUCAGCAACUAACAUACCAACGGCCGUUAAGCAAGCUAGGGUACGCACACCGUCCAGUGGAUCUAGCACGCCGCUGCCACCGUCUUCAAAGUUAUCGAGAAAACCCUCUGGAGCUUCCGACACAUCCGUGUCGGGAACGACCCCGAGUACACGGAGAGGAAAACCAACGCCAAUUGAACAACGUGCGCCUUUCCGAUUGUAAUAGCUUUAUUAACGAAAGCUUAUACAUAUAUAUAUAUAUAUAUAUAUAUAUAGCUUGUAAAAAAAACCCGCGCAUAUGCCUGAAUAAAUAUGAAACGUCCCCGCCGUAAAGUUCAAAAUUAAGGAUAGUUGCGCUACAGGGAACAUAAAUAGUUACUGUUAUCGUACGGUGAGAGAGGAAUACUGUAAUAUUGUGAGUUGUUAAAUUGAUCAGAUUGAAAUUUCGAAAGGCAAAUGACAAAUCUAUAAAUUAUAAUAUAAUUUUAUCGUUUUCGAUUUUCGCCAAAUAUCUCCGAAUGCCAUUAAAACAAUUGUGGAUACCAUGAGUGUAUUUGAUACUCUCGUAAGGGUAAGGGAUUAAUGAACAGUUGGGGAAGUCUAUUUAUUUUGUGCCCGUUAGAAAGUGCUUGAGAAACGUUUAUCUAGUUUGUAAUAAUGCAUAACAACAAAGUAUAAAUUAUUGUUAUAAAUAUCUUAACCGUGGUAUUACCAAAAGUGCAGGGUAGUACUCGAUAAUUGAAAAUAUUUAAGCGAGAUUUAACGAUAUCUCCGCCGUCUCUCUCGAUUAAGGACAAUAUUACUAAAAAACAACAACAGAUUUUAGCGUAAAAGAGAAUUAGCCGUUAUGUGUAUUAUAAUUACGCUUAUGUUUGAAGUUAUAAUUAGACGCAUGUAAUUACUUUUAUAAUUCAAUGUAGUUUGCUCAUCCGUCGCACGCAUUACUUUUGCGUGUAUUACACAUUGUGAACAAUCGAGGAUCUCCUCGAUGGACUUCUGGACUUAUAUUUGAGCAAAUUAUAUACUCGAGGACAUAAUUUAUUUAAUAUUUCUCGCUUGACUUAUGUAUUUAGUCGAACGAUAUAAUUAACAAUCUAACGCGCGUUUGUUAAAAAAGAAAAAAAAAAGAAAAAUGCGUUUUUACGAAUCAACAUUUAUUUUUGUUAUCCGUUUCGCAAAACUACAUCGUACGCAUUCGCGAUUUAGAUUAAUGUGUAUUUAUAAAAAAAUCAGACAUAUAUACACGUUUUUUUCUAUUUCUAAGUUAUAAAUGGAGACACAACUAUUGUAUUGUGAACUGUGAGAGAAAUACUGCUGCGACAGAUAUUUUGUAACGUAUUUAUGUUCUUGCGAAACGGAAUAUUUCGCAAUCUCGUGAAGGAAAAAGCUGCGAGAUAUGGUAAUCAAACCUAGUUUACCUAGAUUACGCACAAGCUUAACUCUCGAGCGGUCGCGUAAAAACGUAAUAUCAUGAGUGUUAUUUUUAUCAGAAUAAUGCUUAAAAAAUCUUAAAUAAAUCUCUUGUAUAUCUAUAUUUCUAUGUUCAUCUGUUGCGCAUGUUAGUUUGACCUAAAUUUAUGUAUUUUGUACAAGACGUUAGGUAAGAGUUGAACGAUGAUAUGCGACAUCCAUGCGUCCACUCCAGAGUUAAAGCGCGAUUUAUUUCGGUUGCGCAUUUCUGAGCUGGAAAGCUAUUAUCAAGCUAUGCUAAAAGGUCGCCAAUCGAAAAUUUCCUUUUCGGUUUUUAUCCGUUUUUUAGCGGAUAUCUGAAAGUCAAUUUCGAUUCGGGACACGAUUAAUGAGGUCUCGCACAUGAUGAAAACAGCGGCUUUAUCAGUAUAAACUUAUUCUGAAGAAACCCGGUGAUCGAACACAAAAACGUAGAUCCGCAAUGGAAAAUUCAUGGUUUUCGAUCGGAAUCGAAAUAGUUUCAUAACGGGCUUUCCUGCUCUAAUGCGUAAAUCGAUAUUGCGAAUGAGAGGUUUAAGAGUUCGGGGGGGGGGGGGGGGGGACCUAACAGCGUUGGAAGAAAGAAAACGCUAAAACGGAGAAAAUUACGGUGUAUGAAUAGCUAAGUUAAAGUAUAAUGUUCCGUUGCGCGAAGUGGCCUGUUAGGUGACGGGUAAAAAAAAGAAACUCUGAAAAAAGACAUUUCCAUUUUUUUACACGUAUAUACUUUUAGAUGCGAUUAAUGUAAUAUGAUACCCACUCUCGCUGCCUCUUUAUAAAUCUUACGUAAUGCAAAUUAAUCUUAUUAACAACUUCUCAACAAGCGAUUUUUGUUUCUGUUUUACUUACCGAGAAGUGCUGUAUCGAUGCUAAUGAUGAUAAUAAUAAUAAUACAGUGAUAAAGAAAAAAAAAUAUAACACACGCACACACGCAUGGAUAUUUCAGUGAGGAACAUUCUCUCGACCCGGCUUUCUGUUCUAUGUCUCAUUUUCUAGGCGAGCGUUGCAUACUAAAUGUAAGUGUAAAAGGUGUAUAUAUAUACAUACAAUAUCGGCAUGCUCGCGCGCGCGUUUCUUUUUCAUUACUGUUUUCUAUUAUUAAUUAAUGCAACAGUGUUCCAUGGUCGGGCUCGUGUAACGACGGGAGGGGCGUUGAAACGUCAAUGCCUAAAUUAAGCGUAGAGCUACUCAGCUAGCGAUCUUGCGAGAACGGAUAGAGGGUUUCCUGAUUCGUGGGGAUAACGCGGCAGAGAACCGAUCCUCUCGUGUUAACUGACAGAUGUUGUAUAAUAUAUCAAGCAGAUACGUUUCGGGAGGAUCCGAUGGAGGUGCCAACGGCUUUGUGCAUGCUUCGCUGAUGAGGCUUACCGAGUAUCUCUCCUCGCGGUGUGACUGACGUCACGCGCGCAGCUUGUAGACAUGUAAUUUAUACGCGGAUCUGAACGAGUCUCGCGCAGUUUUUAUAAUGCUCUGGAUCGUACAUUUUUAAGAUGCGCAAACGCCCCGUGCUGUAUCAUUGACAGUUGUAAGCCGGUAUAAAUGUGCUCUCGCCGGAGAGUCGCCGCGGACGAGGCACGGAUAUACGGAUGUGUCGGCGGUAUGUGUGUAAAAGAGAGAAUCACUUUGUCAAAAGAUGUGUAAAGUAUCAAAAUGGUGUUUCUCUACUGUA